AUGCGAUCUGUCGUCACGGCCGCCUUUUUCAGUGGUUUGUUCUCGCUUGCAACAGCAAUCAGUUUAUUAUCGGGCAUCCUCGACUGUAGUUACGAAAUGACGGCUGUCUGGGAGCGAGCCAUCACGGCUUCAUCGGAAGAGACGUGUCACUGGUAUUGCGAUGCUAAGCUGACGAAUGCAAGUCUCCAGGAUACUGCAGCGUUCGUCGUUCGUCGCGACAAGGCAGCUGGUCUCAUUCAAGCUGCAAUUUCAACUGACGGAUUCGAUGCAUGUCUGGUGGAGAAGUCAGAUAUUUGCAAGCAGAACACCUGGGCCUUCCAAAAGAUUAAGGAGAAGGGCCCCAAUUGUGUCUGCUAUGCUUUGCUCAAGUUCAUGCGCGUGGAAAAGGGUACAGCCAAAACAGCGAAGGGCAAGGUCGUCAACUGCGACAUUGACGCGUUUGCGAAGCGAGUCGCUGAUGCAGGCGUUGAUCUGUCGCAAGGUUAUCUGCAAACGAAUGGAGGUCCCUGCAAAGGUUCGAAACGCAGUGCCAAAUGCGACACGAAUGGCCAGCUAGUGGCAAACCACCUGAGAGACUUCAACGAGCACAUGGACAACUUGCCCAGUAAGAGGUUUCUGGAAAAGGCUGCCUAG